AUGUCGCUUUGCAAAGCUACCAUGCCCUCGCCGGUGACAUCAUCCGCCACGAUCCUCACCUGGCUCAGACAGUCCUCCUCCAGACGCUCGACGCAGACCUGCCGUCUAUUCUCCUCAUACGGCAAUUCUCACCGGUCCUCGAAGCGCGAAUUGCAGACUGCCACUGCCUACCGUCCUCACUCGCUGCCCACCUCCUUCCCGCCGCCCCGGAACACGGGCAUCUCUGACACUUCCAUCGCCGCCGACUUCCCUUCCCUUCGUGAGAUGUCCCAGCCUCAGCUGCCCGGCCAGCAGGGCCUAUCCGACCUCAGCCUCCGGGAAAGCGAGGCCCAGAAGUCCAAGCCUGUGUCCGCUCCUGCUGCUGCCGAAAAGACCGCCGCCAAGCCCACAGAGAAGCCCCGGCGCAAGCUGCGUGCCAGGAAGGCCGCGAUGAAGCUGACCCCCGUGGCUAUUGAGCAGCUUCGCAAACUCCUCUCACAGCCAGACCCCAAGCUGAUUCGAGUCGGUGUGAAGAACCGUGGCUGCUCCGGUCUCGCCUACCACCUGGAGUACGUGGAGAAGCCGGGUGCUUUCGACGAAGUAGUGGAGCAAGACGGUGUCAAGGUUCUCAUCGACAGCAAGGCAUUGUUCAGUAUCAUCGGCAGCGAGAUGGACUGGCAGGAGGACAAGCUGAGCAGGAGAUUCGUUUUCCGCAACCCGAAUAUUAAGGAAGAGUGUGGAUGCGGUGAAUCCUUCAUGGUCUGA